CGACCAUUGCUUAUAAAUUGCACAAGUAAAUAUAGUGUUUUGUGGACAAGUGUAUGGAAAUUGGACCUCGCUGGGGUAGAUUUACGUUGUAAGUUUCCAAAUGGCGUUUUUGGAGUUUUCUGAUUUUGUUGGUGAAAUCUAUCUUCAACAAGAGAAGAUCUGGACAGUGGCAUAAUUGUGAUAACGACCAGCGGCAAUGACUCUCUUCACUAAAGCGAACGGUGUGAGGGCAAUGCUGUGUCUGGUCGGGAUGUGGGUGCUGUUCAGUGCGUUCCUGAGUUAUAUAGAUAAUAAAACUGCAACAUAUUCGACUUUUAGUAGGCUUAGCAUUCGGCAUGUGCAUAGGUUUGCUAAAACAGUUAAUGUUUCCAGUGAUUCAUAUAGUAAUAAAAGCUCGAAGGGAAAUGAUAUAUUGACUUCAGGAAACCAGGCGGCCCAACUUUUUGAUGUCGGUGCUCAAAUAGUUGGUUCCUCAUUAAGCCAACAGAACAAUAUUUCGAAGAAAUAUAAUCAAUCCAAAAAUGGUAUAAUUCGCACCAUAAAAAAUCAGUACUCAGUGUCUUUAAAGUAUGGAUGUAAGGAGCCACAAUACGAUGAAAAUGAAGGACCCAUAAGUCCGAAUACAACACUUGAGUCACUGGACAUUGUGGAAGCUGAGCUUGCCCCAUUGUUAAAACCGGGUGGAAGCUUUCAACCACAUGAUUGCAUUCCAAAGGAUCACGUCGCAAUUGUUGUGCCAUUCCGUGAUCGCUAUGCGCAUUUAGCAGUAUUUUUACGAAACAUACAUCCGUUUUUAAUGAAACAGCAUAUCGCCUAUAGAAUAUUUCUUAUUGAGCAAACAAACGGAAGAGCAUUUAAUCGUGCAGCUUUGAUGAAUAUUGGCUUCUUAGAAGCAUUGAAAAUAUAUCCAUGGGACUGUUUUAUCUUCCAUGACGUUGACUUAUUGCCGUUGGAUAACCGAAACUUAUAUACAUGUCCGCGACAACCGCGCCACAUGUCGGUCUCUAUAGACACAUUAAACUUCAAGUUGCCUUAUCGUUCAAUUUUUGGAGGGGUGUCCGCUAUGACACGCGAGCAUUUUCAGUUAGUGAAUGGUUUUUCGAAUUCCUACUUUGGUUGGGGAGGCGAAGACGACGACAUGUCCAAUAGAUUGAAGCAUGCAAAUUUGUUCAUAUCAAGGUAUCCUGUUAAUAUAGCACGAUAUAUGAUGUUAAAACAUCCCAAGGAAAAGGCCAACCCUAAAAGAUAUGAGAAUCUCGUGAAUGGAAUCAGCAAGAUAGAAAUGGACGGCAUAAAUUCCAUUAAAUAUAAUAUAUAUAGCAUACAAGAAUUUUCAACUUUUACUUGGUAUUUAGCCGAAUUAAAAAUCGUCGAUCAAACUAGUUAAUAUAUAUAAUCAUAUAUAUAUAUAUAUAUAUAUAUAUACAUAUA